AUGUACACACGUACACACGGAAACACUCGAACACUCAACCACUCAACCACUCAACCGCUCGAACGCCCAAGUAACCACUCGAUCACGCCUCGAGCAACACUGUAUACCGAUAUUCCCACCUGGGCCAAAAGAACCCAACGCAACAUGGUCUUCCGACCUUGUCCUCGACCGGUCUUCCGACCUGGCUCUUCCAACCCAAACAGUAUCAGUCCGAUCGCGACAAACCCACGGUCAGUCCCAGUCCCCGUCCCAGCCAGUCAAGCAGUCCCGGUCACGAUGCGGUCCCAAUGCCACAAUCACGCCUCAAAGGGCACAGCCAGGCGGACGUCGGCUCGAGUUUCCGUUCCGAGCAGGGCGGGGGCACCCGGCCUCCGGACACGGGGCACGUGCGUCCCGGACAGAGGGCCGGUCCUGUCCGGGACACGCGGUGCCGGACACCGGGUGCGGGCAACCUGUCCGGCAAAAGAAAGCACGCGCACGGCCGGACAGCGGCGUUUUUUCGGGUUUUUUCGCCUUCGUUUUUUCGCUCGGGUCCCGCACGGUGGGGCCAAAAGAAAAAGCGUGGUGCUGCUUUGA